AUGGCCGGAUUCAACCACACCCCCACUCCCAUGGUGCAACCCAAAGCGCAAGACCAACAUGUCGAUACUCGACUGAUGGACGUGGCGGAUCAGGGCCAUGGAGGCCCGGGCUUUCCGCAAGGCCCAAACCCUCCCGGCGUUUCAAAUCGCCAGAGCCAAGCUGGGCCCCAGCAAUCACUGACUUUUACCCAAAUGAGUCCACCCCCCUUGCCAUAUCUGCCGCAGGGCAGUCCAGGUAUGCCUUACAGCCCCCCUAGCGCCAGUCCUGCCCCGAGCUGA